AUGGAGCGCUCUUCGGCUGCAGCUUCUGCAGCAACUGAAACAGAGCCCGCGCAAUCUCAAAAAGAGGAACCCCAAACCUCUGGCGAAAGGGAGGAGAGCGGAGGAGGGAGCGCGCGCGCGGCCGCGGACGGGCGGCGCAUCCUGUGCGCGUACGACGGGUCGAAGGGCGCGCGCGCGGCGUUCGAGUUCGCCAGCGAAAGACUCGCCUGCCCGUCGGAGCGGAGUGACAGCAUAGUCCUUUACGAAGCCGUGGAGUCCAUCAGCCCGGCCACUUCGUUCAUGGCCACGGAGAGCAUGAUUACGAAGCCGGAGUCGCUCCAGCGAGAAGAGACGCGGCGCAUCAACCAGUCCCUCCAGGGACUUCAGGAGCUAGCCAUGUCAACUAAGGUCCCGUGUGAGCCGGUGGUAAUGAUGGGCGAUGCCCGGGAGGCGAUUCCCGAGUACAUUGCCAAGCACCCGGUGGACCUCGUCGUGGUGGGCAGUCGGGGAAUGAGCGCCAUCAAGCGAUUCUUCUUGGGGAGCGUCAGCACAUUCCUGGUGCAACACUGCACGGUUCCGGUCGUGGUCGUUCCGCCGCCCGCGAAAUAA